AAAAUUGGUUGGUAUGCAAUCUCUGUCUAUGCCAUUUCAAUUUCGAUCUAACCCUUGUGUUGUAUCAAUUCCUCUUACCACAGUUAGCAUAAGUAACAUACUCACCUUUAUUCCAAGCUCUAACCAUUUCGACUUGUUGCUAACUAGAUUGAGGAUAGUGAUCUUUGUCUUCGCCAACAACAUCGUCCACUUGAACAAAAAAUCAAAAAGACCCUGAAAUAUCUGAACUUUUAAAAGCCGCACUUUUUAUUUGUUGUGUGUGAGAUUUUGAUUUGAUGGGAAAAUAUCUUGAAUCUGCGGCGAGGCUGGCGGAGCUAUCGCGGAUUGUGUCAUCUGCUGCGAAGCCCAACAGGCCAAAGAGAGCGCUACCCAGAUCGCCCAACCGUGUGGCGACUCCUCGAAGUGCGAACCCAUUUGGUGUUAAGGUCGAACCUGCGAAAAAGAUGGAACCUUUGGAAGAAGAACAACAAUGUCGGACACCCCUCGCCAAGGUUGUCUCAGAUUGCUCCAAGCGCUGGUUCCAGGACACCCUCAAGGAGGCUAAGGCUGGGGACACUACCAUGCAGGUUUUGGUUGGUCAAAUGUAUUACUCUGGAUAUGGUGUUGCGAGGGAUCCCCAAAAGGGGCAUGCUUGGAUUAGUAAAGCAUCAAGGAACCGAAAUUCAGUUUGGAAAUUGUGCGGUAAACGGCCAGGUUACAGAGCAAGUGAUUCUGAUUCAUGUGAACUGGAGGAAAAAGAUAAAUAUUUUCCUUAAUUUGCAAGUAUAACUCUUUAUUUUUUUUUCUUCUAAAAAGAUUGAAUUUCUAUUUCAAUUCUAUGGUAUAGUAUAUGUGAACUUAUUGUCACUGAUACUGGUGGUUAUUUAUUGUAACAUCCAAAACAUAAGUCAAAUUUUGUUAACUGACAGUUGCUCUACAAUGGUGUCUCUAUUUUUGAAUUA